AUGAAGCGUCAAGUAUUAGUAGUGAGAAAAACUGAAGGUGGAAGAGGUUCAAGCGGAAGUGUGAGAUAUGGGGAGUGUCAGAAGAAUCAUGCGGCUAAUUCCGGCGGAUACGCCGUUGACGGUUGCCGAGAAUUCAUAGCCAGCGGCGAGGACACAAAUGCUGCUCUUACGUGUGCUGCCUGUGGAUGCCACAGAAACUUCCACAAGAGAUUGGUGGACGCUACUGAUGAGUCCUCUUCACUUCCUUCAAAUUAA